AUGCCGACGAGUUCUCUCUCCUCGGCUUUCCCUAUUGGAGACUUCCCUUCACCUCGGCUUAUGAGAACAUCCAAGGCGGCCUGGGUAUAUUGAUAUUUAGAGGACGAAAGGAGAUAUUUUCGUCUUCGUGGCGAUUAAAAAUCGUGAUCGUCACGUCUGCUUCACCACAGGAGCGAGAGCGCGCUCAUAUCUUUCAUGUGACCAUGGCCUCGGCUACCUGCGGUGGCUUGCUUCUCCAUCGCCGUUAUCUAAACCUUCCUUACACGCGUAGUUCCAUCAACUACCAUCCAAAACCUCGGGGAAGUCGACCAUGGUGCUCACCAACCUCCACCAACUUGAAGAAUUUGAGAAUUAUGACAAGGCCCAAGGAGUCCGCACCUCUCAGAAUCACAAGCAGUGGAAAGCCCAGUUCGGAAAUGGAGUCCCCUCCCGUCGACUGCGUGGGAACAGGUCUAAACGUCGAGUGCGUUGUGGUUCCCGAGGAGAAAACAAAGUUGGUUUCCGGCUUGAAUGUUAAGAAACCGGAGGAGGAGGCGGAGUCCAAUCUCUUCUCCCAAGCCUUGGAGUGGGCAGUCCUGAUUUCGCCAUUUUUCUUCUGGGGAACGGCGAUGGUGGCAAUGAAGGAGGUCCUUCCUAAGGCGGGACCAUUCUUUGUAGCGGCUUUCAGGUUGAUACCGUCGGGUUUGCUUUUGGUGGGUUAUGCGAGCUACAGCAAGAGGAAACCUCCUUCCGGCUUCAUGGCAUGGUUGUCCGUUGCGCUGUUCGGACUGGUGGAUGCCGCUUGUUUUCAGGGGUUUCUUGCUGAAGGAUUGCAGAGGACGUCAGCUGGAUUGGGGAGCGUUAUCAUUGAUUCACAGCCUUUGACGGUAGCAAUCCUUGCAUCUCUGCUGUUCGGGGAGACCAUUGAUGGGGUUGGAGCUGCUGGCCUUGUCCUUGGCGUUAUUGGUCUACUACUGCUUGAGCUUCCUGUACUGACUUUUAAUGGUAGCUCAACUCUGUGGGGCAGUGGAGAAUGGUGGAUGCUCCUCGCUGCCCAAAGCAUGGCGAUUGGAACCGUAAUGGUGCGGUGGGUGUCUAAAUAUUCUGAUCCAGUCAUGGCAACUGGAUGGCAUAUGGUUAUUGGAGGACUGCCUCUUUUGGCUAUCUCUAUACUAAAUCAUGAUCCAGCGAUUACUGGAAGUCUUAGGGAGCUUACACUCAAUGAUCUUUCAGCACUUGCCUAUACAUCUAUAUUUGGAAGUGCCAUCAGCUAUGGGGUCUACUUUUACAAUGCAACUAAAGGUAGCCUGACACAGCUGAGCUCACUUACGUUUCUAACACCAAUGUUUGCAUCCAUCUUCGGAUAUUUGUAUCUGGACGAGACAUUCUCGACAGCACAACUGGUUGGAGCUGCUGUCACUCUAAUUGGCAUUUACAUGGUUAAUUUUCGCCGCGGCAGUCACACAGAUGAGUGAAAAAAACAGGGGUACUCAUUAGGAUCCACACACAUCGAUUUGGCUGCUCAAGAACUGGGGAUUCGGUCGCCAAGGAUCUUAUUUUAUGAUGUUUUAUGCCGCAUGGCAUGCUCUUUUGAGCUCAUCAGCAGCCAGUGCCCCUGUAACAUGAAUAUGUUGCCUCCGUCCAAUUGCAUUUUAAAUGUUGGCGGAGCGCUUAAUUUUGUAAACAAGAGCUUCAACUCGUGUAUUUUACCCAGAUUACUAGUUAAGAUUGAGGUGGUCUUGUCCUCCAAUAACA